GCAUUUUUAUUUUUAAAAAUUUUGCUUCAUUUCCAUCGUUAUGCGUUAUGGGUUUCUUAAUCCCAUAACGCGUUGUUUUUUCCCUUACGGCCCAAACAUAGCCCAGCGUUACAAAUCCCGAAAUCUAAUAGGAGCAAUUAAAGGGAAGAUAUAUAUACAGAGAGUCCCGGCGGUGCCGGAGGGAGGAUAUCUAAAUUCCGGCGCAGAAAGAGAGAGUAUAGAGAGAGAAAAUCUCAACAAUGGAUGUUGAACUCAAAGAGAUGCUCGAUGAUCUCCAAGCUCUCAAACGAUCGUUGCCUGAUCCUUCUCAUCAAGCUUCCAUCGACAAGUUGCAAGUGCAUGUUGAACAUCUUACGAAUCUUGCACAGUAUGCUCCUGCUCGGCGUUCAAAAGUCAAGGAUAUGAGUGCUGAGGUGGUAGAUAGCAAUCCUUACAGUAGGCUUAUGGCACUUCAGAGGAUGGGCAUUGUGGAAAACUAUGAAAGAAUACGAGAAUUCUCGGUUGCCAUAGUUGGAAUAGGUGGUGUAGGCAGUGUUGCAGCUGAGAUGCUAACAAGGUGUGGCAUAGGUCGCCUUCUGUUGUAUGAUUAUGAUAAAGUGGAGUUAGCUAACAUGAAUAGGCUAUUUUUUCGUCCAGAGCAGGUUGGUAUGACGAAAACUGAUGCUGCUGUUCAGACUCUUUCGGAUAUAAAUCCUGAUGUUGUGCUUGAGAGCUACACACUGAACAUCACAACAGUGCAAGGUUUUGAAACUUUUAUGUCAAGCCUGAGAAAAAAAACAUUUCGUCCAAAGAAAGAAGGUAGCGGAGUCGAUCUUGUUUUAAGUUGUGUAGAUAACUAUGAAGCAAGGAUGGUUGUAAACCAGGCUUGCAAUGAGCUGAAUCAGACAUGGAUGGAGUCCGGUGUAUCUGAGGAUGCUGUUUCAGGUCAUAUACAAUUGUUGAUUCCUGGAGAAACUGCUUGUUUUGCAUGUGCGCCUCCUUUGGUUGUAGCAUCUGGAGUUGAUGAACGCACGCUCAAGCGUGAAGGGGUCUGUGCUGCAUCUUUACCUACCACCAUGGGAGUUGUUGCUGGGCUUCUAGUUCAAAACACACUUAAAUUCUUGCUAAAGUUUGGACAUGUCUCCCCAUACUUGGGAUAUAAUGCUCUUAAAGACUACUUUCCAACCAUGGAAAUGAGGCCAAACCCUCAAUGUUCAAAUGCUUCCUGUCUGGAACGACAGAAAGAAUACCUUCUAGCAAAGCCGGCUAGGGAUGCUGCAGCUAAAGCAAAGAUGGAGGCUGAAGCAUUAGUAGUAGCAGAAUGCCCAAUUCAUGUUGAUAAUGAAUGGAAUAUAAGUGUUGUUGAUGACAGUGAACUGGAUAGGACAGAUGGCAGGAGCUCAGGUAAUCCUCUGAUUUUAUGCUCUGAAUCCAUUUUAUAUGGACUGUUUGUAGUCGCAGAUUUGCUGUUGAAUUUGGAUAAUGUUCUCUUCAGAAAGUUACUUCUGUCAUGUUCCCUUGUAUUCCAAGAAGAAUGGUUCUUGAUUUUCUUUACUGGGUUCCUGAAAGGAAAGUGAAUUAAUUGAUUAUUGUAGAAGAAGUUUUGAGGGAUACACUUCCUCAAGACCUGUUGCUUCAGAACUUAGUGAGUUAGAUGAAUAGCAUAUACCUAUCUCCCUUGGAAAUUUUAUCAAAAGCAUAAUGAUUUAGUAGAAGCGAACAUGAUGCUUGAGGAACCCCAGUUCUGGGGAAAAAACUUGGAUGUUAGUUGGGAAACCAGUUGUCAGCUGACAGACCAGAUAGCAUGACUAUAGACACUGGCUCAUCCUAAGACAGCAGAAAGAACUUAGCAAACUAUCGAAGAUAAGAAUAGUAACAACAAAUUCAAAUUAGAUCAUUGGUGUAUCUACCUGCCCCCUCCCCCACUUUUUUUUUUUUUUUGAACAUAUAUAUAUAUAUGGUAUUUCUCAUUUGCCUAUUAUUAAAAGAAAAAGAAAAUCAGCCCUAUGUAUCAAUAUUCUCUUCUUGUAUUUCCUGAUCAUUGUUUCCAGUUUAGAAUUUGCUUUGUUUGGUUGCUGAGACAGAUGGUGGAAAAGAAAUUAAAUCAUGGAGCGAAACUGUCAUUCCAAUUUAAACUGUUGCCUGUUUUCAAAGUUCUGAUUUCUUCCAUCUUCUUGGCAACCAGAUGGAAAAUUCAUGUUUAUAUCUAAGUUCAUUUUCUAAUGUACUCUCUCCUUCAGAUGCCCUUCCAGAAGGUCUUACUCACGAGCUCCCAACUGCAGACGAGUUUGAAAAACAACCCACUCCUGAAACGACCUUUAACUCUGUAGAUGACCUUGAUGAUCUCCGGAGGCAACUUGAUGCUCUAAAUGCUGAUUAACCCCUGUUUUUAUGGUUUGUUCUAAUACAGCUACUUUCUUUAGCAGAUCAGAGACAGCUCGAGAAUUCAUUAUCCGUAGACCAUGUUCUUCACAGGCAAAUAAAGCAGGUUUGGAUCUAAGCUUCUUUAGUUUUUCAAGCUUGGCUACCAACCAAACCAUGCUUUAUUACUUUUAACAUGAUUUGGGAUUCUUUCUCCCAUUUUUAAUCCCAACCCAGAAACUUAUACAUAAAAAAUGCUUCAUUUCCAUUGGGUGAUUAACUUACACAUUUAUACAUGCUGAGAAAAGACGAGUGUUGUACUUUGAGAAA